AGUGAUAAAGCUUGGCUGGUUAGCAUCCCCUUUUUUGACUGCCUAAAGUGGUUUUAAUAUAUGUUAAGACUGAUUGCUGCCUGACACAUUUUUGGAGAAUCAAAAUGCAGUGGCUAAAUAUAUAUUCCACACAUCAUCACAACACAUAUCAAGGUAGCCAUUGCAAUUGCUGCUAUCAUUCUUUAUGAAAACGCAUUAUCUUUUUCAACAAUUUCCUCAACCCAACAGUGAAGACCCACUGAGACACCAAACACCGAACAACGACCGUCCAUGCCAAGCUCAAGCCUACGACAAGGAACCAAAUUUCAGCAAGCGGGGCAACCAUCGCAAUGACUCUUCUCAUCCAACCAACUCCUCAGAUGAGGGUCAAUCGCAAAUAUCGCGCUCUGUCUUGUCUGCUGAGCCCACAUUAGUUCUAAGCGAAGUGGGCAAUGUCUUUGUUCAACCCGGAUUGCCAUCCCGACUGGCCAUUGACAGCCGACAGCUCGGGAAAUAAAACUCCACCCAAAAGCCAAUUUUUUCAGCGCCAGUCGUUCAAGGCACGAUCGCAGAAUCGGCAGUUCUGGUCUGCCAUUGCGUCAAUGGCGCCGUCGAAAGGUCCAAGGGG